UGUUAAUCGCAUUUUUAGUAUAUAUAUAUAUGUAAACGCUGCUCGUCCGAGUCAGUAACUCAGAAACGUGUAGGUUAACGUAACUUGAGUGUCAGUAAGCGCUACAGAAUGCGAUUGUUGUGCUUAUCAUUAGCGCUUGCUAUAAUCUAUAUUAUGGCAAUCGUGCACGGUCCUAGAGUAGAAGCGAGAGCAACCACUACUUCUGAUGCUUCUUCUUCUUCCUCUGAAAGUUGGGAAGUACCUGCGAAACCAGCCACUCCUGAGCAAACCGUCGAAGCAUUUGCUUUAGGCAUACCAACUCUUCUUGGCGGGCUCUAUUGGACACAACUAGCCUGGGAAACGAUGUACAACAACUCGAUGCACAUAUCAAGUAAAAUAAAAUCUAAUCCAUGGCUGGCAGAAACAGUACAAGCGUACAUAAAUAAGUCACUAACUUGGUAAAUACGGAGGAACUAUGCCGGAGACAUACAUUGAUAUGUAUAUUUUCAAAGGAAACAUUAAAAUAUAUAUCUAAUGAUUAUAAAUUAUAAACAAUUAUUUUGCUAUUACAUGAUAAAAAAUAAAUAACAUGUUUAAAUUUAUAGUAUUGUAUCUUUAUUGCAAAAUUUGUGUGUAGCAUAAUGUUACGAAAAUUAACACCAUCUUGUAUUUAAGAUGCUAUUUUUCAAUUAUAUAUGUUUAUCAUUAUUUUUAUAUGUUUAAAGUAGUGUUUGAUUCUUUGAAGUAAUGAAUGCAUAUUAAAGGUAAAGAAUGGAUAUAUAGUUACUUCAUAUAUUAUAGAAUAAAAACACAAAUUUUUGUUAUAAUCAGUAAUAUGUACAUUAUUUCUGGUUAAAUUGUACGAUAAUGAUAUUUACUAUUAUAAUCAAUGAUUUAUAAAUAAAUGGAUUCUGUGACGACAAAA